AUGGCGACAACCCACCUCAACAAGUCCGUCAUUGCCGGCGGCAGUAUCAACACCAUAAAAUCCCUGAAAAAGUACUGGAACUCGCCUGUUUCCGACGUUGACGACAAUUCCAGCGAGGCCAAGUAUACCAUGUUGCAAAUGGCUAUUCUGUUGAACAAAAAGAAGAUCGUUGAGUACCUGAUUCCGCAGAAAGACCUCGAUUUGACUACACGAGCAACAGAUGGGACAACAGCGUUGAUGACCGCGGUGGAAAAAGACGUUCCCCUCGAUUGGAUUCGUGCGAUGCUCGAACGCGGCGCUGACAAAAAUAUCAACGUUGAGGACAAUGAGGGACGAAUGGCUAUCGACCGGUGUGAAAAGGGCAGUGCUGUAUACGACCUUCUCGUCCGUUAUGGAGCGCAACCGAAACCAUCCCCUCCUCCUACCCCGCCUCCAGAGCCUGAAGCGGACAAGGCUGCAGACGCUAGCACAAUGGACAACAAUGCAGCAGGCGAUGGCGUCGCUGCUGCCUUCAAACCGGUACCGUGCCUUAUGGCACUCAGCGACCUGCCGCCAGGCCUGGAAGAACAUCCGGGCAUAUGGGCCUCAAUGUGCGGCUGCGGGGGUCGCCAAGGGAAAAGCACAAACGAGGCAGUAGAAGUGGACGAGAACGGGCAUGUUCAUGCUUAG